AUGGAUGGAAAUGUUUUAGGUGCUUUUAAUUCAAUGCCAUAUAAUGAAAGAGGACAUAAAUAUUAUGGAAAUGGUGAAAUUAUGUUAUAUUCAUUUAAAAAUUCAACAAAUAUCAAAACUUAUCAUUGGACUAAAUUAAAUGAUUUCUUCAUUAGAUCAACAGAUUCAAUGAUUUGUUAUGGUGGUGAUGAAUUUGGAAGAAGUGCUCUCAUCAUUGAUGGUGAAUUAUUAACUGGUAGUACAAAUAUUUGUAAGACUUUUGCAUGUUCAGAUGAUUCAAAUGUUGAACAAACUCCAUUAUUGGAAAAGGAAAUUUCAUCUGCAACCACUCCAUCAAAUAGUGGUAGUAGCAGCAGUACACUUGUUAAAUCACAAUCCAUUACAACUUUUAGUACUGAAGUUGAUUUUGAAAUUUAUGCUUUGGAAGUUUGGGGAUUUGAACAAAUUGUCAAGAAGGAAACUAGAUCCAAUUCAAUCAAGACUAAUGUUGCUGCCUCAACUCUAUUGGAUUAUUCUCAUUAUUAG